AUGCUAAAGACACUGUUUCAACCAAUCCAUUCUGUGCGUUUGCCACCACCGGGCUCCUUCAACAACCAAACCGUCCUGAUAACAGGAUCAAAUACCGGACUCGGACUCGAAGCUGUCCGCCAUGCAGUCUCCCUCGGGGCAUCCAAGAUUAUCAUGGGUGUUCGAUCAGUCGAAAAGGGAGAAAGAACUCGUGAGGACAUCCUAUCAAGGACUUCCACAGGCAAAUCAACAAAGACAGACAUCGAAGUCUGGAAGCUAGAUAUGUCAAGCUUCCAGAGCGUAAUGUCAUUCGUGCAUAGAAUGAAAGCAUACGUCUCCCAACCAGGCAAGAGACUUGACACCGCGAUCUUGAAUGCAGGUCUAGCCUCUGGGAUUUGGAAAUUAUCCCCAGACGGCUGGGAGAUGCAGAUCCAAGUCAACGGACUAUCCACGGCUUUGUUAGGUCUCGAGUUGCUACCGAUCUUGAUUUCGUCCGCUUCUUCUUCUCCAUCAAUACCGCAUCUAGUCAUCGUUGCCAGUGAUAUACACCAAGUCGCCCAGUUCCCACAACGAUCCGCACCACACAUCCUCCAAGCUCUGAAUAACGAGGAACAAUGGCGAGAAUUGCAGGCAAAAAGCCCAGUGGAACGAUACGCCGUGAGCAAGUUGUUCAAUCAAUGGACUAAUAUAGAAAUCUCAAAACUGGUGCCCGUCGAUUCUCAAACAGGUCAACCGAAAGUAAUAGUCACCAGUGUGACACCGGGCUUCUGUAAGAGUGAGCUGCUUUCGCGUGAAGAAGGGGCUCCGUGGUUGUUGAAAGCCAUACAAAUGGUCUCUGCGCGGACUCCGGCAGAUGGGGCCAAGACAAUUGUUGAUGCUGCGGUCAGGCAGGAUGGGCAUGGGAAAUGGUUAGAGAACCAGAAGUUGACUGAUCCGGGUCCGAUUGUGAGCUCACCGGAAGGACAAAAGAUACAGCAGAAGGCGUGGAAAGAAAUACUGGAUGUGUUGAAGAAAGUGGAUCCGGACUUGACGUUGGAUUUUUCUUGA